AUGGGAGUACCGGCGUUUUACCGGUGGUUAGCGGAGAAGUAUCCGUUGAUAGUAUCGGACGUCGUCGAGGAAGAGGCUGUCGAAAUCGAGGGAAUCAAGAUCCCGGUGGACACCAGCAAACCUAACCCUAACGAUCUCGAAUACGAUAAUCUCUACCUUGACAUGAACGGUAUCAUCCAUCCUUGCUUCCACCCUGAAGACAGGCCAUCUCCGACUACCUUUGAGGAGGUGUUUCAGUGUAUGUUUGACUAUAUUGAUAGGCUGUUUGUGAUGGUGCGGCCCAGGAAGCUGCUCUACAUGGCUAUUGAUGGUGUUGCUCCAAGAGCUAAAAUGAAUCAACAGCGGUCUAGACGGUUUAGAUCUGCUAAAGAUGCAUCUGAUGCUGCUGCUGAAGAAGAAAAGCUGCGAGAGGAGUUUGAGAGGGAGGGUAGAAAACUCCCUCCUAAAAUUAACUCUCAAGUGUUUGAUUCCAACGUUAUUACACCUGGAACAGAGUUCAUGGGUGUUCUCUCUAUCGCUUUGCAAUAUUAUGUGCAUCUUAGACUUAAUCAUGAUGUUGGUUGGAAAAACAUCAAGGUUAUCCUUUCAGAUGCCAACGUUCCAGGUGAAGGAGAGCAUAAAAUCAUGUCAUACAUUCGUCUUCAAAGAAACCUUCCUGGUUUUGACCCUAAUACUCGGCAUUGCUUGUAUGGACUGGACGCUGACCUGAUUAUGUUAGGCUUGGCAACUCACGAAGUUCAUUUUUCAAUCCUUCGAGAGGUGGUAUUCACUCCUGGACAGCAGGACAAAUGCUUCUUGUGUGGUCAAAUGGGACAUAUGGCUGCAGAUUGUGAAGGAAAAGCAAAGAAGAGGGCAGGUGAAUUUGAUGAGAAGGGCGAUGGUGUUGUCAAAAAGCCAUAUCAGUUUCUUCAUAUAUGGAUUCUUAGAGAGUACCUGGAGUUUGAAAUGAGGAUUCCCAACCCACCGUUUGAGAUUGAUCUGGAGCGCAUUGUUGACGAUUUCAUCUUCAUAUGUUUCUUUGUUGGCAACGAUUUCUUGCCACAUAUGCCAACACUGGAGAUUCGAGAGGGUGCUAUCAACUUGCUUAUGGCUGUUUACAAGAAGGAAUUUAGGUCGCUGGACGGCUAUCUAACUGAUGGAUGCAAGCCAAAUUUAAAGAGGGUGGAACAGUUUAUUCAGGCUAUUGGAUCAUUCGAAGAUAAGAUAUUUCAGAAAAGAACCAGGUUACAUCAGAGACAAGCUGAAAGAAUAAAGGGAGAUAAAGCUCGGAAAAGAAGAAUGGAUGAUGCAGCUCCCACAGUCCAGCCAGAGUCUCUUGUUCCCGUUGAAAGAUUUAGUGGUUCUCGACUUGCCUCGGCUCCUGUUCCUUCACCGUUUCAGCCUAGUGAUGGAGUAGGGUCUGCUCCACAUCAGAAAGCACGACGUCUAUCUUCAGGGUCCAGUAUUGGUGCUGCUAUUGUCGACGUCGAGAACAGUCUUGAACCUGACGAAAACGAGAACAAGGAAGAACUAAAGACAAAGCUCAAGGAGUUAAUCCGUGAGAAAUCUGAUGCUUUCAACUCGGAUACUCAUGAAGAGGAUAAGGUGAAGCUUGGGGAACCUGGAUGGAGAGAAAGAUAUUAUGAAGAGAAGUUCUCAGUUACAACCAUUGAAGAGAUGGAAAGAAUAAGAAAGGAUGUUGUUUUGAAGUACACAGAAGGCCUUUGUUGGGUCAUGCAUUACUACAUGGAAGGUGUUUGCUCCUGGCAGUGGUUUUAUCCUUACCACUAUGCACCGUUUGCUUCUGAUCUAAAGGAUCUGGGAGAGCUGGAUAUAAAGUUUGAGUUAGGGACUCCAUUUAAGCCUUUCAACCAACUUCUUGGGGUGUUCCCAGCUGCCAGUUCCCAUGCUCUUCCAGAGCGCUAUAGGACCUUGAUGACUGAUUCCAACUCUCCCAUCAUUGAUUUUUACCCAACUGAUUUUGAAGUUGACAUGAACGGGAAGCGUUAUUCGUGGCAGGGUAUUGCUAAGCUGCCUUUCAUUGAUGAAAGACGCCUUCUAGAGGCCGUUUCCGAAGUGGAGUUCACAUUGACGGAUGAAGAGAAGCGUAGAAACAGCAGGAUGUGCGACAUGCUUUUCAUAGCAACGUCUCAUCGCCUUGCUGAACUCAUCUUUUCUCUCGACAACCAUUGUCGGCAACUGAGUGCCAGGGAGAGAAUAGACCUUAAGGUUCAGAUCAAACCUGAGCUCAGUGAUGGUAUGAACGGCUACUUGACUCCUUGUUCAGGAGCGACUCGCCCUCCUAUAUUCAGGUCCCCAAUGGAGGGUAUGGAGGACAUCUUAGCCAACCAAGUCAUAUGUUGCAUUUACAGACUUCCGGAUGUACAUAGUCACAUAAACAGACCUCCUCCUGGUGUCAUCUUCCCUAAGAAGAUUGUGAACAUAGGUGACUUAAAACCACCACCUGCUCUUUGGCAUGAGGACAAUGGAAGGAGACCUAUGCAUAAUAAUAAUUAUAAUAAUAACAAUAAUCAUUAUAAUAAUAAUCAAGGAAGGCAAAACCCACCUGGAAGUUUAUCUGGGCUGCAUCUAGGAGACGCAGCACAUCGUCUUGUCACCAACAGCUUACAGACGAGAACAGACCGGCAUGGAUAUCAAGCAGCAGAUGGACAUCAUCAGCAGCAUCAUCAUGGUCACGGCUACAAUCAACCGCCCUAUGCUCCACAAGUUCCUUACCAGUAUGGUGGCUAUAAUGCUCCUCCACAUGGCGUCCAAGACUAUGCUCCGCCACAGUCAUCAAGACAACCUCCGUAUCAAAGCCGAGGUGGGUACCAACCUCGUGGAACCAGUGGGAGAUUCCCAUCGGAUCCUUACCCGGUUCAGUCACGUGGAGGAGGUCACCACCGUAACAGAGGUGGUGGAGGGUACUCUGGUGGCUACAACCAACAUCAUCAACAACAACAACAUUGGGAUGGUCAAGGUGGGGAGGAGCAUUAUAAUAACCAACGAGGGUAUGGUGGUGGUCAGCAUCAUCGUCAGCAAGGUGGUGACCGCAACCGUAGAGGAGGUGGGAGUCAUCAUCAUCAUGAUCAAGGCCCUAGACAUCAUCGAUAUUAAAA